UUUUAAUAGUGUAGAUUAUUUCUUAACUCCAAAAAUUAAGAGCCAAAGCAAUCCAAGCUACAAAAAGGACACGUAAACUUGUCACUUACCAUACAAAAACAAAAGGCAAAUUCACCAAACAAUAAACUUAAGUCGACGUGUAACCCAAACUCCCACCCGAUUUUUUCUCUUUACAUAACCCCAAGCAGUACAUAUUAUCAACACCGAGUCUCAAACAAACACACACACACAUUUCUCUUCAAUUUUUCUUCUUCCAAGAAUCUGAAUCUACUUUGCUUUCAAACAUGAAGAACAUCGACGAUACUACGUCUCCAAUGACCCGUGUUAUCGAUCCAUCUCAACCUCCAUCCGACCAAAGCCAACAAGAACCAAGUUUGACCAACGAGGCUUCUUCUGUUUCCGACAAGAAAGAUCAAGCUUUACCUGAAGAGAAACCGAAACAGAAUCAAGAAAACGAGAGAGCGGUCACGGGGAGAGAGAAGCUAAAGCAUCAUCGGAGAGAGAUGGCAGGAAGAGUUUGGAUACCGGAGAUAUGGGGACAAGAAGAGCUUCUUAAGGAUUGGAUCGACUGUUCGACGUUUGAUACGUGUCUAGUCCCUAACGGGAUCUCGUCGGCACGUGCGGCUCUCGUAGAAGAAGCUAGACGAGCUGCUUCAGCUUCUGGUGGGUUACAUAAUCGUUGCUUGAUCUUACGCUGAAUUUUUUAAUAUAGUAACAUAUAAAUGUGGUUUUAGCAAAAACAAAACAUAUAAAUGUGGUUCUUGUUCCGCAAUAUAUAUUAUAAUAGAAGACACUAUUGGUAUAUUGUUUAUAUAGAGUCUUUUUCAUAUUACUCAUAGUUUUAGAGAACAUUGCCAAUUGUUUUAGUGUAUUUCGUUGCCUGUAUUGGUAGAGGUGGAUAUUGAACGUAUAUUAUAUGAAUUUUAUGAUAGUUUGGGACC